CUGCUCCUAGCUCUCUUUAGCGCACACAUAACACAAAGGCUGAUUCGUAAGAAGAAAGAAGUCCAAUGGCUUCGGCUUCGCUUAAGCUUUCCAUAGCGCUGACAUGCGCACUGCUCUUGUCCUCGGCGUGCCAAGGCCUGAAGGUGGGCCACUACAAGAAGACAUGCCCCAAAGUGGAGGCCAUCGUGAGGGAUGAGGUGAAGAAGUUCGUCUACAAGAACGCCGGCAUCGGCGCCGGGCUCAUCCGCUUGUUCUUCCACGACUGCUUCGUGGAGGGGUGUGAUGGCUCCGUCCUGCUGGACCCGACCCCGGCCAACCCGCAGCCGGAGAAGCUCAGCCCGCCCAAUUUCCCCAGCCUCCGUGGCUUCGACGUGAUCGACGCCGCCAAGGACGCGGUAGAGAAGGCGUGCCCUGGCGUCGUCUCCUGCGCCGAUAUCGUCGCUUUCGCUGGACGCGACGCGGCCUACUUCCUCAGCAGACUCACGGUCAAGAUUGACAUGCCGGCGGGCCGCCUCGACGGUCGCGUUUCCAGUUCCACGGCGGCGCUCAACGACCUGCCGCCACCGUUCGCUAACCUCAGCCAGCUCAUCGCCAACUUCGCUGCCAAAGGUCUCAGCGCUGAGGACAUGGUUGUGCUCUCUGGCGCGCACACCAUCGGGGUCUCCCAUUGCUCGGCCUUCGUGUCCGACCGCCUCGCCGUCCCCUCCGACAUCAACACCGGCUUUGCCAACAUCCUGCGGAAGCAAUGCCCCGCCAACCCGAACCCGGCCAAUGACCCCACGGUGAAUCAGGAUUUGGUGACAGCCAAUGCGCUGGACAACCAGUACUACAAGAACGUCUUGGCGCACAAGGUGCUCUUCCUGUCGGACGCCGCUCUGCUUGCCUCGCCGGCAACGACGCAGAUGGUGCGCGACAAUGCCAACAUCCCCGGCCAAUGGGAGGACAAGUUCAAGAAGGCGAUGGUCAAGAUGUCUGCCAUCGGUGUCAAGACCGGCAACCAAGGCGAGAUCAGGAAGUCCUGCAGGGUCGUUAACCACUGAUCCCAUCAUCAUCGAUCAGUGGAUUCUCGUACUGCACAUCGGUGCAAUCAGUUUACCUUGGUUUGUUAAUUCCGGUGUCACGCAUCUCUCACCACUACGACACACGUGGGCUGGGCUUGACUUCAAUAUGAGUUUGUGACUUCCCUCAGAUUUCCGGCAAGUACUACCGUGUUGUUUCUUUCGUUAUUUUGGCAACGUGUUAUUGCCGCGCGCUUGCACGCCUUCUUGUUCUGUUCUUGGAGAAUGCAUAUUUGCCACGCCCCAUGUCACUGGCACUGAGUAAUAGGAAUAUACUUGAAAAACUUCCCUCGAUUUUGUC